UCCUCCUUCCUCGUCGUUUUUGCCAUCUUCGCAGAGCAGGUCUGGUACCGUCAUUCUCUAAUAUCUUGUUCUUUCUUCUUCUCCUUGCUCUCUUUUUCAUCUCUCUUAAUUAACGAGGAGGAUCUGGAUCCGUCAAAUCUGCCAAGGAAAGCCAUGGAAGAAUCCAAAAGUCUGAUGCGCCCUUCUGAACGUUACGACGAGGUCGACGUGGAAGACAACUUCUCUGAAAGCACCAGAGUCUCCUCAUUCGCUGACGAGAAAACGUUCGAAAAACUCAGCAGAAAAGCUUCCGAUCGAAGAAUUGAGUCUGUUCUAACAUGGGGUCGAUGGCUCGUAGUAGUCACUUUGCAAUUCAUCUUGAUCAUGCUCGUAUUAUUGCUGUGGAAGCAGCCCCAGCCUCGCAUUUCCCACGAGACGGUGUCAGAGCUAAAGGGAAAAUUUGUCGAGACAGGAGAUGAUGUGAACGGCCUGUACACGACCACUUUGCACGAUUACACGUAUCUCAAGUUUGAACCGGAAAAGUACUUUCCCAACAUCUCGUCUAAUGACAACCGAGACGAAGUCAGACGAAACUGGGACAUGCUCAUGCCAAAGGGAAGCGGAAGUGUCGCCAUCCCCGAAUACAAGAAAUACCCGCUACUAGGAAAUCCAAUCACAGACGAUCCACUUCGAUCAGGACCGUUGUUUGAGGCCAGCUGGACGCACGCUAUACACUGUCUUUACUACGCAGUGGAUUCCUAUCACCAGCUUCUACUCAACGGGCCCAGCGAGGCAGACAACCCUCAUCAUGCCUCACAUUGUUUUGAGUACCUGAGGACGAGCAUUCUCUGCAAUCUUGACAUGACGCUCGAAGGCGAGUUGUCGACGCCUGCAGAAGCAGCAAGAGGACAGCCACAUGUGUGUAGAAACAGAGACGCGGCGAUAAAAUGGAUUGAAGACAGACGGGUCGAUGACCUGCAGGAUGUUGUUGGGCCGACUGCGAUACCGAAAGAUUCACCAGCCGGGACACGAUGAUUAGUAUAAAAAUUGCUCAUGCAUGCUUAAACUACUAGUAUAUAUAUCUGAACCGAGGAUUCUCACGAUCAGUCA